AGCGGGGCGGCCAGGCUCGUGCCGCUUUGCAGACGCCGCUGUCCCCUGUCGCCGCUUGCUGCAGCCAUGGUCAACCCCACCGUGUUCUUCGACAUCACGGCCGAUGGCGAGCCCUUGGGCCGCGUCUCCUUCGAGUUAUUUGCAGACAAAGUUCCAAAGACAGCAGAAAACUUCCGCGCGCUGAGCACUGGAGAGAAAGGCUUUGGAUAUAAGGGUUCCUCCUUUCACAGGAUUAUUCCAGGAUUUAUGUGCCAGGGUGGUGACUUCACACGCCAUAAUGGCACUGGCGGCAGAUCCAUCUAUGGAGAGAAAUUUGAGGAUGAGAACUUCGUCCUGAAGCACACAGGUCCCGGCAUCUUGUCCAUGGCAAAUGCUGGACCAAACACCAAUGGUUCCCAGUUUUUCAUCUGCACCGCCAAGACUGAGUGGCUGGAUGGCAAACACGUGGUCUUCGGGAAGGUGAAAGAAGGCAUGAACAUCGUGGAAGCCAUGGAGCGCUUUGGGUCCAGGAAUGGCAAGACCAGCAAGAAGAUCACCAUUUCCGACUGUGGACAACUCUAACUCUUUCGACUUGCGGGCUUCUUACCCACCAGACCAUUCCUUCUGUAGCUCAGGAGAGCACCCCCACCCCAUCUGCUCGCAGUACCCUGUAAUCUGCUCUCACUGAAGUUCUCUGGGUUCCAUAUUCUCCUCAUUCCCCUCCAAGUCUAGCUGGAUUGCAGAGUUAAGUUUAUGAUUAUGAAUAAAAACUAAGUAAGAACCGUU